UGGGAUGUAACAGUAAAGCACCCGACAAAUGACUAGUGCUUCUGUUAUAUAUUAAAGUCUUCGAGAGUAUUUUCAUCUCAAACGUCACAAUAUGAAGGUUCUCACUAAAAGUUUUCUUGUAGUUAGCCUCGCCAUAGGCAUGAUUUUCAUGUCAAUAUAUCAACCAGAAUAUUUCUGUGGGCUAGAGUACGAUGUUCGAGUCAUCAAUGGGUUCACAAACAACUCAUCACUGCCACUAGUCAUAUGGUGCUCAUCAGACAGUGAUGAUCUCGGUGGACGUGCCCUCCAGGAAGGUGAUGAUUUUAGUUGGAGACUCCAGAUCAACUUCUGGUGCAGUAAUCAUUUCUGGUGCACCAUGAAGUGGGAUGCAAUGAGGAGGAAGUUCGAUGCCUUUACGGUUCCAAGGGAUCUUCAGCGUUGCAGCCUUUACAGGAAGUGCUCUUGGUUGGUGAGGGAGGAUGGGUUUUAUUUCAGUAAUGAUGAAGUAAACUGGAAGAAAGACUUCUCAUGGUUAUAAAUUAUAAUUAGUAUCUGGGCAUCACGACUUCUGCGCUAGCUCUUGCUGUUGCUAAUUCGAUGAUUGUAUUUUAAGAGAAGUCUUGUUAGAUUUUAAUCUAAGGAUAUAAUAUUGUGUCGUCAAUAAUGAAGGGAGAGCAACUGAUCAGUUGAUUCAUGUUUAUUACAGGAGUGUAUUGAUUAAUAGAAGCUCUCAACCUUGUUUCAAUAAUUAAAUUAGCUUUUGCCUGAAA